UUUGAUUGUUUUUAAAAUACUGUCGUGAAAUGUUUUGGUUAAAAAUAUAAUAAUGCAAAUUCUAUUGUUUUAGAUAAAAUUGAAGAAGUUCAUUAAAAUAAAACUUAAAAAGUAUUUUAAUAUUUAAACCAUUACAACCUUAAUGUCUAAUCACUACAAAAAUUUCUUAAAUAUUGAAUACAUCCCGUGACCUUUGUAAGCAGAUCACCAAUUAAUCAAAUCAAUUAGGCCUUCUUCCGUAAACGAAGGUUGAGGAAAGAAAAAAAAGAGAAAAAUGACGCUGGGACUGUUAAACGCGAAUCCAGUAGUGCAAGCUAAGAAGGAACGGCUAGCUCGUACACAAGAUCAACACAGAGAUUAUGAUGGCCUUGAUACUCUCGACGUCUAUGAGUAUGUAAGAGACAUAAGAGAUCCGGAACACCCUUAUUCCUUGGAGCAACUUAGUGUUCUGUCUGAAGAUUCCAUCACUCUCGAUGACAAGCUCAAUCGCAUCCUAAUAACGUUUACACCGACGAUCCAGCAUUGUAGAAUGGCAACUAUAAUUGGUCUGUGUUUGAGAGCUAAGCUUAAAGAAUGCUUGCCACUCCAUUAUAAGGUUGAUAUCAGAGUGUCUCCCGGUUCUCACGCCGAUGAAGAUUCAGUGAAUAAACAGCUGAAUGAUAAAGAAAGAGUGGUAGCUGCAUUGGAGAAUCCUAAUCUCCGUCAGCUUGUGGAUGAGUGUAUCUGCUCCAACGAGAUAUGAAUCAGAUCAUUUUACUUUUUACUCUCUUGUACAAAUUCGGGAGUGUAUCGUAUGACUUAGAGACUGCUCUUUGUCUCUGUUUGUAUUGUCACUACACAUUUUACGAUGCCUGAAUGUUGUAUACUGCUUUGAUAAUGUUACAAACCUUUUCUUCA